AUGUCCCCAUUCAAAGGUUUGAUCGAUUCAGCCAUCAGAGAAUUCAGUACGAAGACAUGCGUGCAUUUUAAAGAGGUCUCAGGAAGUUACAGUGGAGAUCACAUUCGGCUUGUUGGUGGUGGAGGCUGUGGCUCUUACGUCGGUCGACGGGGCGGUGGUCAGAAUGUAUAUCUAGGUCGCGGUUGUGAGUAUGUAGGAGUAAUCAUACACGAGAUGAUGCAUGCACUUGGUGUAUAUCACGAACAAAGCAGACCAGAUCGUGAUAGAUAUGUCGAGAUUCUAUGGCACAACAUUCAACCAGGCAAGGAAAAGAACUUUCGCAAGUACGGUCAUGGACAAUUGGACAAGUUAGGCCUUCCCUACGACACCUCAUCCAUCAUGCACUACGAUCGCUAUCUAUUUUCCAAAUCCCAAAAACCAACCAUAGUAGCUCGUGGGCGACCUUGGAUUAAACUAGGAGGCCAACUGAGGGGAUCCAUGACUAGCAAUGAUGCAAGGGAAGUAAACAGCCUUUUUAACUGCUGAGAAAAAAGCCCUGUUGAAACAAAGCUCGGAUGUGGACAAGAUAUUUUCAGCCUCGUUAUGAGCUGUCGAGUAAUGACUGUCUCAGUACCUUGCAACAGAAGAAAGUAAGCAAAGGUUUAAAUUAUGAUUAAGCAUUGUACAAUAUGAAUGAUGUGGAUAUGAAGAUUAUAACAAAAUAAAGGCGUUACACAUUUAA